AUGGUUCGGAAGGCCAGGGGAGGAUGGCGGAUGUGUCAGGACUAUACCGACCUAAAUAAGGCUUGUCCAAAGGACAGUUUCCCUUUACCAAGGAUCGACCAGCUCGUUGACGCCACCGCCGGGCACGAGCUGCUCAGCUUCAUAGACCCUGCCGAUAGAGAACAUACGGCAUUCAUCACGGAUCGCGGUUUGUACUGUUACAAUGUCAUGCCCUUCGGCCUGAAGAACGCGGGGGCAACUUACCAACGGCUCGUCAACCGGAUUUUUGCUAAAUACAUCGGCGGCAUUAUGGAGGUGUAUGUCGACGACAUGUUGGUAAAAAGCCGAACGGCAGGGGAUCACCUGGAAAACUUGGCCCUCAUGUUCGGUAUUCUAAAGGACUACCGAAUGAGGCUGAAUCCGGUGAAGUGCGCCUUCGGAGUAUCUUCCGGUAAAUUUCUCGGGUUCAUGAUCAGUCAAAGGGGAAUCGAGGCCAAUCCCGAGAAAAUAAAAGCCAUAAUUGACAUGGAGACGCCGAAGACGCAGAAGGACAUUCAGAGCCUUACCGGACGUGUCGCUGCCUUGACACGCUUCAUCUCCAAGGCUACCGAUAAAUGCGUGCCGUUCUUCAAAGCUUUGAAAGGGGGCAAACAUCAUAUAACAUGGACUCCCGAAUGCGACCAGGCAUUUCAAAACUUGAAGAACUACAUGAGCCAGGCACCACUGUUAUCAAAACCGCUCCCAGGCGAGGUACUACUCCUAUACCUUUCGGUAUCCAACACUGCCGUUAGCUCGGUGUUGAUAAGGAAGCUGGAGAAGGCGGAGCUACCGAUCUUUUAUGUUAGCAAGGCGCUCUAG